AUGUCUGAAUAAUUUGAAGAGAAAAAGGACCAAUUAGAUUAGCAAUCAGUGAUUGAACCUUCAACUGAGACUAACACAGUUAUCUCAGAAGUGAUAAAACCUAUUGAAUUCCCACACCCUGGCCCUAUUAACAAAAGAGAUCAAGUCAAGAAUUUCACAUUGCAAGAAUAAUUUUUGCAAGCAAAAUACGAAAAUUAAGAUGAAGAGUAUUAAAUAUUGACGUCCAGUGUUGAGAAUUAAGACUAUGUAUUAGUUUCUGAUGAUGUCUGGAAAAUUCUCUUUGAGACUUAUGGAGGAAACGAUAUUCCCAGAUAAUCUAUAAAUUUGAAUAAAAACAUACCAUAACUUGAAUAGGAGCCCUAGAAAAAAGAUGAAUUCGUUGUAGAAGUUCUGUAUAAAAAGGUUAUGAUCUAUAUUCUGCCAAAAUUAAGAACACAUUAGUAUUUGAAAUAAGCAGCUGCUGUCUAUGUUUCAAGGCAAGCAUCAGUUUUAGAUUUGAGAAAGAAAAUUGCUUAGGUAUUAAGAGACAGUUAAGGUGAGAGAAGAUCUAUCAUUGAGUUGAUGGACAUGUCUAGACUAUGGAAGCUAGAUCCUAGUGAAACUGUGUAUGAUGUAGAAAAGUACUAUGAAUGUGAAUCAAAAGAAAGUUUGCCUUUGUAAAUAGAUGGGAAAGUAUUGGAGGAUAACUAAUUGCUUGAAGAUUUGAACAUUUCUGAAAACGAUAUUUUACUCUAUGAAGUUUAAGCUUGGUCAUUUUUGACUAAAAACAACAAAUAUUCGUUCUAGCCAACUUAAAAGAAAUAAGAACGUUGCAAGUAAAACAAAAAUUUCCUACUUGAUAUUAACCCAGAGAAUUUAAAAGAAGAAUAUCUAAUGAGUUUACCUUUAGAUAAAUGCUUAGAAAAGAACUCUAAAGGUGGUUUGACUGGCCUCCAGAAUUUGGGGAAUACAUGCUACAUGAAUAGUGUCUUGCAAUGCCUGUCUAAUACUGAGCCUCUGACUAAAUUUCUGAUAUUUGAUUGCUACUAAUCUCAUAUCAACAAGAAUAACUUUUUGGGAACUCAGGGUAAACUAGCAAUUGCAUUUUCUGAUCUUCUAUAUGAAAUGUAUGUUGGCCAUGAAAAUAGUAUUGCGCCUUGGGAUGUUAAAAACAUUAUUUCAAGAAGAGCUGUUUAAUUCUCUGGCUUCGCCCAACAUGAUUCUCAAGAGAUCCUUUCAUUUUUGCUGGAAACCAUGCAUGAGGAUCUUAAUGAUGUUACAAAGAAACCCUAUGUAGAAUAAAAAGACUAUGAUAAUAGAUCAGAUGAAGAAGUAAGCAAGGAAUAUUGGGAUGGAUUUAAAAAAAGAGAGCGAUCUAUAUUCAUUGAACUAUUUUACGGAUAACUUAAAUCAAGGGUAUAAUGUACAGUCUGUGGUAAAAUAUCGAUUUCAUUUGACCCAUUUAACAUGCUUAGUGUUCCUAUCCCUAUUAUCAAAGAGAAUGUAGUUAAUGUGAAAUAUUUCCCAUACUCUCUUAAGCAACCACAUAAACUUCUCAAAAUAAAUGUAGGCGAGUAUGACUCUGUAACAGACUUAAAGUAGAAGGUUUAAGAUAUUCUUAAUGUUUAAAAUAUGUAAGAUCUCUUUAUUGGUUUAAUGAAGAAAAAAGAUUAGAUUGAUGUCAUUAAUAGAGAAAAAUUUGUAAAGAAUAUAACUGAAAAAGGUGAAGAGAUUGUAGUUUUUGAAAGGCCUUUAGGAAUUGUCGAAGGUAGUUUUAUCAUGGAACUUAAACUCUUUUUGAUAAAAAGGGGCUGGACAAUGAUGAGUUAUCCUCAUUGUAUUUCUUACUCAAGGCUUAUAGUCUUAGAAAGAAGGAUGACAGUAAGAGAGGCUAAAAUAGAAAUAUAUAAAUACUUCAGGCCAUUGAUAGAUAUGCCUGAAAUUAAGGGACUAUCAGAAAAAGAAAGACAAUUCCUAAAUGAAAGUAGACAAAUUGAAGAAGAAUAUAAGUUUUUCUUCGAAAAUAAAAGUAAUAAAAGCUAGCAGCCAUAUCAGAUACAAAUAUUCAAUAAUAUGCCUUUUGAAGAAGGUACUUUCUUUGGGACAACAUAGGAAAGUUGUGCAUUUUGCAACAAAAGUCAUAAAGGGUCGAACUGUAGUUUUGAUUUAGGGGAUUCGAUGACUAUGAGACAAGUUCUUAGUAAGGUUAAGAAGAAUUUAGAUUUAGAACUAGCCUUGAUAUUUAAUCCUAACUCCUGCUUAGACAUAUCAAAACUUCAAAAUAUAUAAUACAAAGAUCAUGAAACGUAUCAGCCAAUUUUAUUCAAAAAGCACCCAGUUAAAAUCAAGAAUGCUAUUUCCAUUUAUGAUUGCUUCAACUGGUUUAGUUAAGAAGAGACUCUGACAGGAAACGACAUGUGGUAUUGCCCAACUUGUAAGAGUCAUUAAAUAGCAUUGAAAAAAAUGGAAAUAUAUAAAUGUCCAGACUAUCUAAUCGUUCAUCUUAAACGGUUUUCUCAUGCAAAGUCACUUUAUUCCAGAAAACUAGAGGAGAUAAUAGAAUUUCCUGUAGAAAACUUAGACCUCAGCAAGCAAAUACUUUCCUAAGAAAAGAAAAAUUCGAUUUAUGAUCUCUAUGCUGUUAGCAACCACUUUGGUAGUCUUAAUGGUGGUCACUACACUGCAUAUGCUAAAAAUGCAAUUAAUAGUGAAUGGUAUGAAUUUGACGACAGCCAUGUGAAUCCUAUACAAGAUAAAGAGUCGAUAGUAAAUAAAGCAAGUUAUGUUUUAUUUUAUAAACGUAGAGGAGCUUGA